AAGAUGAGCUGAGACCGUACCCUUUUAAUAUAGAGUUCUCUGAAUCGCUGCGGCCAUCAGGGUUUGUUCGGGUUUCGUUGGUGGAGUCAGACCGAGUAACACAUCCUAUUCAUCAAGGCUAUUCUGUAGCCUACGUUAUGUAUUAGCCUGUUUGUUGAACCCGAGGAGGAUUUUUCAGUCGACAUCGCUGUCACAAUUAAUGGCGACAAGGCAACAGGAAACGUGUCCUCAAAAUGUCAAUCUGCGUGAUCUAAUCGGAGUUCCUUCAGUUCUUAUUUUUCGUCAUGGACGAUCUUGGUUCUUUUCUGCAAAACGAAUCGCUUUUUGGGUGAACUACGAUUAUGCCCGGUGUCGCUGACCUGACUCAGCGAUGCUUUGGACUCUUGGAUUUUGUCUUUCAUUUUCACAUGAGCUUCUGCAUAUGCACAUUUUAAACGUUAAAAAGCACUAUACGCAAUGCUAUGGAGUUUAAUGGGGUAAUGAUGUCAGAUUAUUGAGCUCAGAUGGUAGAUGCUGUCCCAUGGAUGUGACUCGACUGGAAUACGUUUCAGGGAUUUAUUACAGGCCGUGCUCGUCUUCCCAACGGAAUCAUUCGUGAUGCCCCGAGGUUUACGGAGACUCGUGCACCUAGUGCUUUUUUGCCCAUUAUCGAAGGGCCUGCAGAGUCGUCUCCCGGCUUUAAAGGUAAAGUACCUGCUGCUGGUCUGGUUGGGGAUUUUGGUGGCCAGUUGGGUCCUCUACAUGCAGUAUGCUUCCUACUCAGAACUCUGCAGAGGCCAUGUCUGCCACAUGGUUAUUUGUGACCACUACAGGAGAGGCAUUAUCUCAGGAUCAUCCUGCAAAGCCCUGUGUGAGGAGAGGAGUCUGACCUUGCAGCGAUGCAUGUCCACAUCCUCUACACACCAGGUGUAUAGUGGUCUUUGGAAGGAGAGGCCUGUUGUGAUAAAGUGUGGCCUGGAAGAGUCUCUGAAGGGAGAUGGGGCUCCCGACUCUUUACUGAGGCAGGAAAUGACCCUAUUUGACAAGCCCACUCGCGGGACCUCCAUGGAUGAGUUCAGAGAGAUGCUGCACAGCUUCCUCAAGUCUACCCUGGGGGAGCAGCCCUCUCUAACCACCCUGGUCGGGCGCGUCAUCACCCUGGCCGACGUGAACAAGGACGGCAAAGUGUCCCUGGCCGAGGCGAAGUCGGUGUGGGCGCUCCUCCAGAUCAAUGAGUUCCUGUUGAUGGUGGCCCUGCAGGAGAAGGAGCACACGCCCAAACUGUUGGGCUUCUGCGGGGAUCUGUACGUGACGGAGCGCGUGGGCCACAGCUCCCUGUACAGACUGGAGAUCCCCAGCUACCUGCAGGCGUUAGUUCCGGAGGCCCUGAGCUCCAGUCUGAAUCAAUGGCUGGCCCCUGCGUGGCCCCGGAGAGCUCGAAUCACCAUUGGACUGCUUGAGUUUGUGGAGGAGGUGUUUCACGGGGCCUAUGGGAGCUUCCUGCUGUGUGACGCCAGCUCGCGCCAUGUGGGCUACAACGUCAAGUAUGACUGCAAAAUGGCCGACCUGCGUAGCGUGGCAUCGGAGGCGGCCAUCCGCACAUUCCUGCGCGGGCGUCGCUGUGAAACCAACGCGGACUGCACCUUUGGGCGCGACUGCACGGCCACGUGUGACCGGCUGGUGAAGCAGUGCAACACCGAGGUGGUCCAGCCCAACCUGGCAAAGGUGUGUGUGCUUCUACAGGACUACCUGCUGUUUGGCGCACCCCCAGACCUCCGUGCAGACCUGGAGAAGCAGCUCCGUACCUGCGUGACGCUCAGCGGCCUGGCCAGCCAGAUGGAGGUUCACCACUCACUGGUCCUCAACAACCUGAAGACCCUGCUGUGGAAGACCAUCUCGAACACACAGUACUCCUGAGAACCACAGAGACACCGGCACCUGGCAGUAGGCCCAAGACAUUCAUUAGGCACUAAACAAUAGAACACUGAAACAGGGAUGGACUUGUGCGAACACAAACUACGUUUUAAGUGUUACCAAAAAAGGUGUUUGCUACAUUAUGCCCUGUUAGCUAUUUCCAUGGAGUGACUGUUCCUCUCCAGGCCAUAACUUAAGCAUGUCUGAACUCUACCCUAAUAAUUUACCCUAAACAUACUUGUACUCAAUGCAGACUGACUGCUGAGGAUGUUACCUCUUACCCUACCUUACAUUGUGGGUCAGUCACUGAACUAGCAAAUUGCCAUCAGAUAACAUUUAAAAUGCAGGCCUCUUAAUAGAUUUUGGGAUGAGGAAAACCGACACUCAGGGCCUUGCCUGUGUAUUGUCAUUUCUAUUCAGUAAUUAACAAAUUUACAAACUAAUCAGGGAACUGCCAUGUAGUGCUCUGAGGAUCUGUUGGGCGUGAUGGUAACAGUAUGUUUGAAAAGCAUGUCCUGUGACCACGGUCCGCUCCCAGGGAAGCUUGAACGAGUGGCGAUGCUGUCCUCAUGGAGAAUUGUGGGUAGACUAACAGUCGGGUCAGAGCCAGGACAAAGACUAAGCCAAACAGUGGCCAUUUCUUUUAAAAGCAACAUUGAAGUGGAACCCUUAAGGCGGUUCUGAUGCCAUGGCUGCGUAGAACAUCCCUUUAGAUCUCGUUCGACUAGAUCCAUGUUCACCACAUUACCAUCCAUCUCAGUCACUAAGCCCUGGUAAUGUGGUUAGCUAGUGUAUAAUUCUAACGAA